AUGUACAUUCCAGCAUUAGCUGCCGCGUUUGCGACACUUGCUGUAUUGUCACCAAGAGCUCAUGGCCGAGCGAUAGAGACCGUGGAAUCGCGACAAGAAGGAUUCCAUUGGGUCAACACAUGGACGAGCAUGCCGCAGCUCGUCGAGCCGGGCAACAUGCCUCCAGCACCAUUUAGCUCAGGCGGCGUCCUCAAGGACGCCACACUUCGCCAGACGCUCCACAUGUCCGUCGGCGCAUCCAAGAUCAAACUCGCCAUCUCCAACACCUUUGGCACAUCCGAUCUGCCCAUCACCGCAGGCUCCGUCAGUCUCCCCUUGGGCGGUGCAGCGGGCGUGAGCAGCAUCCAAGCGUCGCCUCUCGCACCCAUCACCGUCGGGGGCAAGAGCAGUUUCACAGUGCCGCGCGGGCAGGUCGUGAUCACGGAUGAAAUUGAAUUCCAAGUGAAGCCCCAGAUCAUGCUCACAGUGAGCUUGUACAGCCAGCAAGGCCAGAGCGGGUCCAGCAUCACUGGCCAUCCAGGAAGCCGGACGACGAGCUGGUUUGCGAGCGGGAACAAAGUCAAUGCGACUUCUUUCUCGGGGACGCAGAGUGUGCACUGGUACUUUGUCAGUGCGGUGCAGGCGUAUGUUCCUGCGGAUACGGGCGCGCUGCUUAUCCUGGGCGAUAGGUUGGAGGCCGACUGCGCUUCACUGCUGCUGCUGAUGCCAUCUCACAGCUGGCCCGAUCUUCUCCUCGCUCGUCUGCAGGCCACAAACCACUCUACACUCGCAGUGAACAACCAAGCCGCUGGCGGAAACACAGUCCUGUCAGGCGGCCUCGGCCCUCCUCUUCUGACCCGAUACAAGCGCGACGCCAUCGACCAGCCGGGUGUCAAAUACCUGAUGAUUUUCGAGGGCGUCAACGACAUUGGGGGAAAUGCCAACAGCGCAAGCACCCAGACGACCGUGGGAAACUCGCUGAUUUCCGCGUUUACGCAGAUCGUUGGCGAUGCUAAGAAAGCGGGCUACACGACUAUUGGUGGGACCAUUGCGCCGUUUGGGGGGAACUCUUACCAGGGUACAGAGCGCGAGAAGACGAGGGUCAAGGUGAACAAGUGGAUUUUGGAAAGUGGCACGUUCGACCACACGGUUGAUUUGGCGGGGAUAUUGGCGAGUAAAAGCAAUCCGGCAAUGCUGGACAAGAAGUUUGAUAGUGGGGAUGGUUUGCAUCCUAGUGUUGUGGGAUACCAGGCUGUGGCGGACGGCUUUCCUAUUGAUAUUUUCAAGGCAUAG